AUGUACGGCGGCGGCGUCGGAGCUGAUGCGCAGAGGGUCGUCAAGACGGUCGAUGCGCAGCGCGAGCAGGUGCAGAACGUGCUCAUGGACCUCAAGAGCGGCGUCGAGAUGGAGGAGGUCACGCCUCCACCGAUCGUCGCGACCAAGCUCUACCCGCACCAGAAACAGGCGCUCGCCUUCCUCCUCGACCGCGAGACGCUCGUCGAGGUGCCCGAGCGCGACAAGCGCGGCGACAAGCCGACCAUGGUCGCCCUGUGGGAGCGCAUCUCGGACCCGUACGGCCGGCCCAAGGGCUGGAGGAGCGUCGUCACCGACCUGCAGAUCGAGGGCGUCAAGCCGCCACCUCAAGCUCGAGGCGCCAUCCUCGCCGACGACAUGGGCCUCGGCAAGACGAUCGUCAUCAUCUCGCUCGUGUGCACGACCCUGCCCGAGGCGCGUGAGUGGGCCAAGGACCCGCCGACCAAGGACAAGCUCGACCCGCGGUUCGAGGAGAAGCUCAAGGCGGCCGACCUCGCCGGCGCAGGCCGCACCGUCGACCCCCUGUCGAAGAAGAAGCAGGCCAAGCAGCGCCGCGAGAAGAAGCGCGAGGAGGCGCUCCAGUCGCGGUUCGACAAGCUCGAGGUCCGCUCGCGCGCGACCCUCAUCGUGUGCCCGCUGUCGACCGUCCAGAAUUGGGAGAGCCAGUUUGAGGAGCACACGGCGCACGUCGACGUCGAGCAGGACGGCGCCGACAUCAAGGUCGACGAGGACGGCGGCAAGAGCAUCGUCCCGUCGGCGGGCAGCACGAGUCGGGCCAAGGGCAAGAAGCGCGCCCGGUCGCCGCCGCUCAAGAUCUACAUCUACCACGGCGCGCAGCGCUGCAGCGACGUUGCGCGCCUCGCCGACCACGACGUCGUCAUCACGACCUUCUCGACGGUCGGGACCGAGUUCUCGAAGCAGACGCGCGCCGAGGAGGAGCGCGAGGACGAGGAGGAGAAGCAGGCGCAGAAGGCGCAGGAGGAGGAGGACGGCAUCAUGCAGGCGGCGGCCAAGGCCAAGGCCAAGAACAAGCGCAAGCGCAAGCGCGUCGAGGGCUCGGGCGUCAGCCCGCUCCAGGCGAUCCAGUGGUUCCGGGUCGUACUCGACGAGGCGCACAUCAUCAAGGAGCACAAGACGAUCCAGGCGCGAGCGGCGUGCGAGCUGUCGACCUCGCGCCGCAUCUGCCUGAGCGGCACGCCCCUGCAGAACUCGCUCAACGACAUCUUCUCGCUCGUCCGGUUCCUCCGCCUCGAGCCGUUCCUCGACCGCCACGUCUGGAACCAGUACAUCGGCGUCCUCGCGCAAAAGGGCGACGAGCUCGGCACCGAGCGGCUCCAGGCCAUCAUGCGCUACAUCGCCCUGCGCCGCACCAAGGACACCAAGGACACGCAGGGCAAGCCCAUCCUGUCGCUCCCGCCGAUCAACAACGCGCUCGUCCACCUCAAGUUCACCGAGGCCGAGCGCGCCUUCUACGCGAGCCGGCACCAGCGGUACAAGCACGACUUUGCCCAGAUGGAGGCCAACGACUCGGUCAUGAAGAACUUCUGCUCGAUCCUCCAGGAGCUCCUCAAGCUGCGCCAGAUCUGCGUCCACCCGGCGCUGCUCCAGGACACCGAGGACCGCUCGAGCGCCAACGGCGGCGACCUCGUCGCGACGAUCGAGGCGCACGGCAUCUCCAAGUCGCGCGCAAUCCAGCUCCUCGCCCUCAUGCGCGACGCCGGCGGCGGCGACUGCUCCGAGUGCGGUUGCGCCAUGCAGGCCUUCUCGCGCGCCAACGUCGAGGACCUGAACGGCGCCGCCGCCGACGACGACGUCAAGCCCGGCCGCAAACCUCCCGCCAAGCGCGCCCGCAAGACCAAGACGCAGACGGGCGCGACGUCGGUCGCCAACUCGACCGAGGACGACGGCGGCGCGGUCCAGGACGACGUGUCGGCCGUCGUCACCCGGUGCCAGCACGUCUACUGCGCGCCGUGCUUCAAGUUGCGCGUCUGCCCCGAGUGGCCCGACGUCAAGGGCGAGGAGAAGGUCGUGUGCCAGGUGUGCGCCAAGGAGAUCCUGCCGGCGCUCGACGCCGUCGAGAUCGGGCCGCGCGAGUACCAGAAGGCGCUCGAGCGCUCGGCCGACGAGGGUCUGCCGGCGACGGGCAAGGGCAAGAAGGGUCGCAAAGCCAAGGCGACCCGGCUAUUCGAGCACAGCACCAAGACUCGCGCCCUCCUCGUCGACCUCCUCCCGUUCUCGCAGGUUAACCCGCACGCCGAGAACUACAACCCGGACUACGUGCCCGAGCCGGCCACGACGAUCGGGUUCCAGCCGGUCCAGGGCGAGAUCGUCAAGUCGGUCGUCUUCUCGCAGUGGACGACCCUCCUCGACCGCCUCGGCGACGCGCUCGAGGACAACCACAUCCAGUACGACCGACUCGACGGCGGCAUGAACCGCGAACAGCGCUCGGCGGCCAUGGCGGCGUUCAAGGCCGACCCCAAGUGCGAGGUCCUGCUCGUCUCUCUCCGGGCCGGCGGCGUCGGGCUCAACUUGACGGCGGGUCGUCGCGUCUACCUCAUGGAGCCGUUCUGGAACCCGGCCGUCGAGAACCAAGCCGUCGACCGCAUCUACCGCCUCGGGCAGACGCACAGCGUGCAGACGGUCCGGUUCGUCAUGCAGGACUCGAUCGAGACCAACAUGCUCAAGAUCCAGAAGCGCAAGAUGGAGCUCGCGUCGAUGAGCAUCGGCCGCACGCUCACCAAGCUCGAGCUGCAGGCGCAGCGCAAGGAGGAGCUGCGCAUCCUCCUCGGUUGA